ACCGUUUCAGAACUUUUCUAGUCACCGUUCGGGGCGGUUGUUGAGAUUCGCGAUUCGUACAUCCAUCUGCCCCAUUCCUUUGGAGAUUGGACUGAUCAGUGGCGAAAGUCUUCAACGCAUAUCUUCGCGAAAAGAGUGAAUCAUAGUUAUGUCGUAACCAGCUGGUUGCAAUUUUACAUUUUGUCAUUUCACUGACUGGUUUAUGUGUGUAGUGCAUCAUUGGACUCUGAAUUCAGCGCAGGCGGAGAUGUUUCGUUAGGCGGCAACAACAACAACAACAAACAAAAACAACACAGCCUACUGCAAAAGUUUUAAAGUGGUGUGUGGCCUUCAAAGCGUGCGCCAUCAUCGCUGAAGACUUGAGGACGAGCGCAAUUUGACACAGCGGAAAUUCACUAGUAACUGAAACGCACUGAAAAAAAGACUCUACUGGGUCAUGCUUCCCCUCGCACGAUGAGACUAACUAAGCAAUACUCAACGACUGCCGCCGUCACCUCAAAUGCUAGCAGCAGCAGCAAACUAACCCGGUCGCUGUUGACCAGCUUCAGCUGCUUGCUCCUGCUGUUCACUCUCACCAACCAUGUUCGCCCAGUUCGAACCGAAGUAGCUUCGGUGGCAAGCGUUAUUUCGGUGCUACACCUAGGCAAGGAAGUGAUUUCCAGCAUCAUCGAAACCUGGGACCUGGUGGAGGAGGUCGGCGACAUCCAUCUGCCCUUCAAGCGCAACAAGGACGAGAAGAUUCUGAGGAAGAUGUACGAACUUAGCCAGCAAAUUGCUGCCAGCGAGGAUCAGUUCGCCAACACGGCCCAGGCCACGGUUGAGACCCUACUCAAACAGCUUGCGAUCGAUUCGCGACUCGAGAAUCAACUGCAGGAGUUGGCCGAUCUGAUGAAUCGGGUUAGCCAUCGGGAGCUGGUGAUGCGUUCGUACGUCGAAUCGGAGGAAAAGGUCGAACAGCUCACGCUGGAAUCGUUCUGUCGUAGCACCGUGGCACACGAUGUUAAUAGUGUGCCGGAGCUGGUUUCACGAAUUGAUCUGCUAGUGUCCGGAUCGAGGGAACUGCCGUUUAAGAAGCCGGGAGUGCUGGAACUGUUGCAGUAUGCUACGGAGGAAGCAAAAUCGACGAUAUGCAGCUUUGGAUUGUCGGCGCAGCAAGUGCUCUACCAGCUGUACAAUGCGAUCUCGAUUACGGAACUGAAGGGCUACUCGAUGAUGCAGUUUUCGUGGAUGCUGUUGAAAGCGUACGGAAAAGGCAACUUCACCACCGAGGCCAAACUGAUGCGCCGUCGCUUCGAGGACCGUACGAGCCGCACCCAGACGCUGCUGCAGCGGGUGAUGCAGCAGGCUAGCCGCGAGUACUGGCGCUGCGAUCCGGAACGGAACCAGCAAAAGGAGGGUGAAACGUUCCUACAGCUAACCCGGCUGCUGCAGGGUUACGUCGAGAACGAGGUGGACAUGAACACGGAUAACACCUGUAAGGAAAAUUGCGCCCACUACAGCUGGGGAGUUAAGCAGGAACAGUGCUAUAAGGAUCUGUACUGUUCGAAGCAGCCAAAGUGUUCGGGGAAAAUUUACGACUGUGAAUAUAUGGACUCGGAUAUGUGGAUCUGUCCGGCGGCUAGCAGCAGUGAUCGGCGGUACGAGUAUAUUGAGUACGAGAACGGGAUGAUACUUGGUCAGAAGAAGCACUGCUCGCGGGGAACGACUAAGGUGGACUCGUGGUGGAGGUGGUUGUUCUGGCACUGCAGCUACUGUUUCUGUCUGUGCGAUGACGCUGGACCGCGCUCGGAUAGGUACAUCAACAUGAAGGAAUCGGUGUCAGACGUAAUGAAUAACAAGGUCGUAACCGGAAUGCGAUUCGUCAAAAAGAAUCGAAUCAUUCACUUAGUUGUCCAACAAGGAACGCUUCUACCGCGAGGUCAGAUCGACAAUACCACCUUGGACUGGGUUGAAGCGGAAAGUUACAACAUUCUGUCACCUAAUGUCCGCAACGGACGAGACUAUCAUACCCUGGGUCACGACAAUCGUAUUUUGGAUCUGGACGAUCUAGAAGUGCAACCGUCUUACGUCCUAACAGGAGUUCGAUUCCGUCUACUGGGUACCCAUCUAAACAUGGAAAUUCGUAUGACCGAAAUGGACUUUGGCACCGGAAAGUUGAUGGAUCCGGACAAGAGCAUUUGGAUUGGAAGCGACAAAACCGAACACAGUGAAGAUAAGAGAACCGAACUGAAACUGGAUCGACCGCACGUACCACUGCUUACACCGGCAAAGUCAAUCCCGGACUCGAUCAGCAACCAGUUUAUUCGCUUCCGCGAGAGUGACCGUGGAAUGGACGCAGCCCAGACGACGGUACCGUUCUUCGACGCUCAACCGGUGGUUCCGACCAAACCUGUUCCACUUGCCGGAGCUGGAUUGUUCCACAAAGGUCGGCCAAAAUUCGGUGGAUUCGUUGCUCCCAAAGUGCUGACGUAUGAUUUUGGACCGCACGUGCAGGCACCGAUCGAGCAGGUGGAUGCCGAUGAACGACAGCAGCGAGGUUGAGUGGAGAUUUUUUUGAAGGCGGGGUUUGGGAAUAGGAGUUUUAUGUUGUACUACUACCAAAUUGAGUGCGCAUACUUGCGUGGACGCGAUAGAACUAUAGAACAUCGAAAGUAGGUCCCAUGCGAGGAAACUUGAGCGUUAUAAAAUUAUUCUCCAACUUGUAUUACUACUAUGUAGAGGUCUGUUCUAAUAAAAGUCAUGAUCUAUCUGAUC